CAGUCCUUUGACAAUGUUGAUGUCCCAGCUUCGGCACUGAAGGAUAUGGGAGUCUUGAUUUUUGGAAUAGGAUCAAGGGAUUCUGAUAGCAAUGAACUUCAAAGAAUUUCAUUUGAUCCCAGUUUUGCUCUGACUGUGUCAGAUUUCACCGAACUACCAAACGUGGAAGAGCAACUUCUGACUUCUGUAGAUGCUGUGACAGUUCCAGUGAUGAAACCCUCACCACCAUCUCUUGUUGAUUAUGAGCUUCCCAGAAAAGAUGUUGUCUUUCUGCUGGAGGGUUCAGAUGGGUCUAGGACUGGAUUCCCUGCCAUGCUUGACUUUGUGCAAAGACUAGUGGAAAAUUUUAAUUUUGAGGAAAGCAUGGACCGUGUUUCAGUGGUGCAGUACAGUACCAAUACUGAGGUGCAUUUCUAUCUGAAUACCUAUUCAACAAAAGAUGAAAUCCUCAAUGCCAUCAGCACUGUAAAGCACAAAGGCGGGAGACAUGUCAACACAGGGUCAGCUCUCCAAUACGUGAGAGAAAAUGUCUUCACUGCCUCUGCUGGCAGUAGACAUCAACAGGGUGUGCCAAAUAUUCUCAUUCUACUCAGGGGAUCAAGGUCAACAGAUAAUGUUGAUCAACCGGCCUUUGCCCUGAAAGAGAGUGGAGUCUUAAUUUUUGGCGUUGGCCCUAGGAAUUUGAGCAGUGAAAUUCAGAGAAUUGCAAAUGGGCCGUCCUAUGUUCAGACUGUUUCUGAGCUCUCUGACCUAGCCAGUGUCCAGCAGGAAUUUUACACCACUCUCAGCAGUGCACUUCUAGACGUAACAAAAGUGACACCUGCUGUGAUAGUCGAUCAAGGAUUUGAACGGAGAGAUGUCGUAUUCCUCCUGGACGGUUCAGAUGGCACUAAGAAUUCUUUCCCAGCAAUGCGUGAUUUUGUUCAAAACAUUGUGGAGAGAUUAAAAGUGUCAGAGGACAGAGACCAUGUCUCUGUAGUCCAAUUCAGCAGAGCUCCAGAGGUAUAUUUCUAUCUAAACUCAUACACAACAAAGGAGAGCAUUCUAAACACCGUUAGAGAUCUGAGGCACAAAGGAGGGAGACCUCUCAACACAGGAAUGGCUCUACAGUAUGUAAGGGACAGCGUUUUUAGCACCUCUUCGGGAAGCAGACGAUUGCAGGGUGUUCCUCAGGUAUUGAUUUUGUUAAGUGGGGGCCAGUCCUUUGAUAAUGUUGACGCGCCAGCCUCUUCCUUGAAAGAGCUUGGAGUCUCGAUCUUUUCUGUGGGAGCAGGAGGCUCAGAUAGCAAUGAAUUGCAGAAGAUCUCAAAUGACCCUAGUUCCACCGUCUAUGUGGCAGACUUCACUUACCUGCCCAAUGUACAAGAGCAGCUUGUCUCCAUGAUUAACACUGCACCUAUGGGAACAACAAGUAUCUCUCCAACAAAAAUAGUAUCCCUAGCUGAGGCUCAUGUACAAAGGAGAGAUGUUGUUUUCUUGCUGGAUGGGUCAGAUGGCAAUAGAAAUGGGUUCCCGGCAAUGAUAGACUUUGUUCAACGAGUGGUGGAGAGGUUGAAUGUCGCAAAGAACAAAGACCAUGUUUCUUUAGUCCAGUUCAGCAGAGACGCUGAUGUCCAUUUCUAUCUUAACACAUACACAACAAAGGAGGACAUUCUUGGCACAGUCAGAGCUUUGAAGUACAAAGGAGGAAGGGCCCGAAACAUAGGGGCAGCACUACAGUAUGUCAGAAACAACAUAUUUACUGCCUCCUCGGGUAGCAGACAACUGGAGGGAGUACCACAGAUGCUGAUUCUGUUGAGUGCCGGAAGGUCAUUUGACAAUGUUGAUGUCCCAGCUUCGGCACUGAAGGAUAUGGGAGUCUUGAUUUUUGGAAUAGGAUCAAGGGAUUCUGAUAGCAAUGAACUUCAAAGAAUUUCAUUUGAUCCCAGUUUUGCUCUGACUGUGUCAGAUUUCACCGAACUACCAAACGUGGAAGAGCAACUUCUGACUUCUGUAGAUGCUGUGACAGUUCCAGUGAUGAAACCCUCACCACCAUCUCUUGUUGAUUAUGAGCUUCCCAGAAAAGAUGUUGUCUUUCUGCUGGAGGGUUCAGAUGGGUCUAGGACUGGAUUCCCUGCCAUGCUUGACUUUGUGCAAAGACUAGUGGAAAAUUUUAAUUUUGAGGAAAGCAUGGACCGUGUUUCAGUGGUGCAGUACAGUACCAAUACUGAGGUGCAUUUCUAUCUGAAUACCUAUUCAACAAAAGAUGAAAUCCUCAAUGCCAUCAGCACUGUAAAGCACAAAGGCGGGAGACAUGUCAACACAGGGUCAGCUCUCCAAUACGUGAGAGAAAAUGUCUUCACUGCCUCUGCUGGCAGUAGACAUCAACAGGGUGUGCCAAAUAUUCUCAUUCUACUCAGGGGAUCAAGGUCAACAGAUAAUGUUGAUCAACCGGCCUCUGCCCUGAAAGAGAGUGGAGUCUUAAUUUUUGGCGUUGGCCCUAGGAAUUUGAGCAGUGAAAUUCAGAGAAUUGCAAAUGGGCCGUCCUAUGCUCAGACUGUUUCUGAGCUCUCUGACCUAGCCAGUGUCCAGCAGCAAUUUUACACCACUCUCAGCAGUGCACUUCUAGACGUAACAAAAGUGACACCUGCUGUGAUAGUCGAUCAAGGAUUUGAACGGAGAGAUGUCGUAUUCCUCCUGGACGGUUCAGAUGGCACUAAGAAUUCUUUCCCAGCAAUGCGUGAUUUUGUUCAAAACAUUGUGGAGAGAUUAAAAGUGUCAGAGGACAGAGACCAUGUCUCUGUAGUCCAAUUCAGCAGAGCUCCAGAGGUAUAUUUCUAUCUAAACUCAUACACAACAAAGGAGAGCAUUCUAAACACCGUUAGAGAUCUGAGGCACAAAGGAGGGAGACCUCUCAACACAGGAAUGGCUCUACAGUAUGUAAGGGACAGCGUUUUUAGCACCUCUUCGGGAAGCAGACGAUUGCAGGGUGUUCCUCAGGUAUUGAUUUUGUUAAGUGGGGGCCAGUCCUUUGAUAAUGUUGACGCGCCAGCCUCUUCCUUGAAAGAGCUUGGAGUCUCGAUCUUUUCUGUGGGAGCAGGAGGCUCAGAUAGCAAUGAAUUGCGGAAGAUCUCAAAUGACCCUAGUUCCACCCUCUAUGUGGCAGACUUCACUUACCUGCCCAAUGUACAAGAGCAGCUUGUCUCCAUGAUUAACACUGCACCUAUGGGAACAACAAGUAUCUCUCCAACAAAAAUAGUAUCCCUAGCUGAGGCUCAUGUACAAAGGAGAGAUGUUGUUUUCUUGCUGGAUGGGUCAGACGGCAAUAGAAAUGGGUUCCCGGCAAUGAUAGACUUUGUUCAACGAGUGGUGGAGAGGUUGAAUGUCGCAAAGAACAAAGACCAUGUUUCUUUAGUCCAGUUCAGCAGAGACGCUGAUGUCCAUUUCUAUCUUAACACAUACACAACAAAGGAGGACAUUCUUGGCACAGUCAGAGCUUUGAAGUACAAAGGAGGAAGGGCCCGAAACAUAGGGGCAGCACUACAGUAUGUCAGAAACAACAUAUUUACUGCCUCCUCGGGUAGCAGACAACUGGAGGGUGUACCACAGAUGCUGAUUCUGUUGAGUGCCGGAAGGUCAUUUGACAAUGUUGAUGUCCCAGCUUCGGCACUGAAGGAUAUGGGAGUCUUGAUUUUUGGAAUAGGAUCAAGGGAUUCUGAUAGCAAUGAACUUCAAAGAAUUUCAUUUGAUCCCAGUUUUGCUCUGACUGUGUCAGAUUUCACCGAACUACCAAACGUGGAAGAGCAACUUCUGACUUCUGUAGAUGCUGUGACAGUUCCAGUGAUGAAACCCUCACCACCAUCUCUUGUUGAUUAUGAGCUUCCCAGAAAAGAUGUUGUCUUUCUGCUGGAGGGUUCAGAUGGGUCUAGGACUGGAUUCCCUGCCAUGCUUGACUUUGUGCAAAGACUAGUGGAAAAUUUUAAUUUUGAGGAAAGCAUGGACCGUGUUUCAGUGGUGCAGUACAGUACCAAUACUGAGGUGCAUUUCUAUCUGAAUACCUAUUCAACAAAAGAUGAAAUCCUCAAUGCCAUCAGCACUGUAAAGCACAAAGGCGGGAGACAUGUCAACACAGGGUCAGCUCUCCAAUACGUGAGAGAAAAUGUCUUCACUGCCUCUGCUGGCAGUAGACAUCAACAGGGUGUGCCAAAUAUUCUCAUUCUACUCAGGGGAUCAAGGUCAACAGAUAAUGUUGAUAAACCGGGCUCUGCCCUGAAAAAGAGUGGAGUCUUAAUUUUUGGCGUUGGCCCUAGGAAUUUGAGCAGUGAAAUUCAGAGAAUUGCAAAUGGGCCGUCCUAUGCUCAGACUGUUUCUGAGCUCUCUGACCUAGCCAGUGUCCAGCAGCAAUUUUACACCACUCUCAGCAGUGCACUUCUAGACGUAACAAAAGUGACACCUGCUGUGAUAGUCGAUCAAGGAUUUGAACGGAGAGAUGUCGUAUUCCUCCUGGACGGUUCAGAUGGCACUAAGAAUUCUUUCCCAGCAAUGCGUGAUUUUGUUCAAAACAUUGUGGAGAGAUUAAAAGUGUCAGAGGACAGAGACCAUGUCUCUGUAGUCCAAUUCAGCAGAGCUCCAGAGGUAUAUUUCUAUCUAAACUCAUACACAACAAAGGAGAGCAUUCUAAACACCGUUAGAGAUCUGAGGCACAAAGGAGGGAGACCUCUCAACACAGGAAUGGCUCUACAGUAUGUAAGGGACAGCGUUUUUAGCACCUCUUCGGGAAGCAGACGAUUGCAGGGUGUUCCUCAGGUAUUGAUUUUGUUAAGUGGGGGCCAGUCCUUUGAUAAUGUUGACGCGCCAGCCUCUUCCUUGAAAGAGCUUGGAGUCUCGAUCUUUUCUGUGGGAGCAGGAGGCUCAGAUAGCAAUGAAUUGCGGAAGAUCUCAAAUGACCCUAGUUCCACCCUCUAUGUGGCAGACUUCACUUACCUGCCCAAUGUACAAGAGCAGCUUGUCUCCAUGAUUAACACUGCACCUAUGGGAACAACAAGUAUCUCUCCAACAAAAAUAGUAUCCCUAGCUGAGGCUCAUGUACAAAGGAGAGAUGUUGUUUUCUUGCUGGAUGGGUCAGACGGCAAUAGAAAUGGGUUCCCGGCAAUGAUAGACUUUGUUCAACGAGUGGUGGAGAGGUUGAAUGUCGCAAAGAACAAAGACCAUGUUUCUUUAGUCCAGUUCAGCAGAGACGCUGAUGUCCAUUUCUAUCUUAACACAUACACAACAAAGGAGGACAUUCUUGGCACAGUCAGAGCUUUGAAGUACAAAGGAGGAAGGGCCCGAAACAUAGGGGCAGCACUACAGUAUGUCAGAAACAACAUAUUUACUGCCUCCUCGGGUAGCAGACAACUGGAGGGUGUACCACAGAUGCUGAUUCUGUUGAGUGCCGGAAGGUCAUUUGACAAUGUUGAUGUCCCAGCUUCGGCACUGAAGGAUAUGGGAGUCUUGAUUUUUGGAAUAGGAUCAAGGGAUUCUGAUAGCAAUGAACUUCAAAGAAUUUCAUUUGAUCCCAGUUUUGCUCUGACUGUGUCAGAUUUCACCGAACUACCAAACGUGGAAGACCAACUUCUGACUUCUGUAGAUGCUGUGACAGUUCCAGUGAUGAAACCCUCACCACCAUCUCUUGUUGAUUAUGAGCUUCCCAGAAAAGAUGUUGUCUUUCUGCUGGAGGGUUCAGAUGGGUCUAGGACUGGAUUCCCUGCCAUGCUUGACUUUGUGCAAAGACUAGUGGAAAAUUUUAAUUUUGAGGAAAGCAUGGACCGUGUUUCAGUGGUGCAGUACAGUACCAAUACUGAGGUGCAUUUCUAUCUGAAUACCUAUUCAACAAAAGAUGAAAUCCUCAAUGCCAUCAGCACUGUAAAGCACAAAGGCGGGAGACAUGUCAACACAGGGUCAGCUCUCCAAUACGUGAGAGAAAAUGUCUUCACUGCCUCUGCUGGCAGUAGACAUCAACAGGGUGUGCCAAAUAUUCUCAUUCUACUCAGGGGAUCAAGGUCAACAGAUAAUGUUGAUCAACCAGCCUCUGCCCUGAAAGAGAGUGGAGUCUUAAUUUUUGGCGUUGGCCCUAGGAAUUUGAGCAGUGAAAUUCAGAGAAUUGCAAAUGGGCCGUCCUAUGCUCAGACUGUUUCUGAGCUCUCUGACCUAGCCAGUGUCCAGCAGCAAUUUUACACCACUCUCAGCAGUGCACUUCUAGACGUAACAAAAGUGACACCUGCUGUGAUAGUCGAUCAAGGAUUUGAACGGAGAGAUGUCGUAUUCCUCCUGGACGGUUCAGAUGGCACUAAGAAUUCUUUCCCAGCAAUGCGUGAUUUUGUUCAAAACAUUGUGGAGAGAUUAAAAGUGUCAGAGGACAGAGACCAUGUCUCUGUAGUCCAAUUCAGCAGAGCUCCAGAGGUAUAUUUCUAUCUAAACUCAUACACAACAAAGGAGAGCAUUCUAAACACCGUUAGAGAUCUGAGGCACAAAGGAGGGAGACCUCUCAACACAGGAAUGGCUCUACAGUAUGUAAGGGACAGCGUUUUUAGCACCUCUUCGGGAAGCAGACGAUUGCAGGGUGUUCCUCAGGUAUUGAUUUUGUUAAGUGGGGGCCAGUCCUUUGAUAAUGUUGACGCGCCAGCCUCUUCCUUGAAAGAGCUUGGAGUCUCGAUCUUUUCUGUGGGAGCAGGAGGCUCAGAUAGCAAUGAAUUGCGGAAGAUCUCAAAUGACCCUAGUUCCACCCUCUAUGUGGCAGACUUCACCUACCUGCCCAAUGUACAAGAGCAGCUUGUCUCCAUGAUUAACACUGCACCUAUGGGAACAACAAGUAUCUCUCCAACAAAAAUAGUAUCCCUAGCUGAGGCUCAUGUACAAAGGAGAGAUGUUGUUUUCUUGCUGGAUGGGUCAGACGGCAAUAGAAAUGGGUUCCCGGCAAUGAUAGACUUUGUUCAACGAGUGGUGGAGAGGUUGAAUGUCGCAAAGAACAAAGACCAUGUUUCUUUAGUCCAGUUCAGCAGAGACGCUGAUGUCCAUUUCUAUCUUAACACAUACACAACAAAGGAGGACAUUCUUGGCACAGUCAGAGCUUUGAAGUACAAAGGAGGAAGGGCCCGAAACAUAGGGGCAGCACUACAGUAUGUCAGAAACAACAUAUUUACUGCCUCCUCGGGUAGCAGACAACUGGAGGGUGUACCACAGAUGCUGAUUCUGUUGAGUGCCGGAAGGUCAUUUGACAAUGUUGAUGUCCCAGCUUCGGCACUGAAGGAUAUGGGAGUCUUGAUUUUUGGAAUAGGAUCAAGGGAUUCUGAUAGCAAUGAACUUCAAAGAAUUUCAUUUGAUCCCAGUUUUGCUCUGACUGUGUCAGAUUUCACCGAACUACCAAACGUGGAAGACCAACUUCUGACUUCUGUAGAUGCUGUGACAGUUCCAGUGAUGAAACCCUCACCACCAUCUCUUGUUGAUUAUGAGCUUCCCAGAAAAGAUGUUGUCUUUCUGCUGGAGGGUUCAGAUGGGUCUAGGACUGGAUUCCCUGCCAUGCUUGACUUUGUGCAAAGACUAGUGGAAAAUUUUAAUUUUGAGGAAAGCAUGGACCGUGUUUCAGUGGUGCAGUACAGUACCAAUACUGAGGUGCAUUUCUAUCUGAAUACCUAUUCAACAAAAGAUGAAAUCCUCAAUGCCAUCAGCACUGUAAAGCACAAAGGCGGGAGACAUGUCAACACAGGGUCAGCUCUCCAAUACGUGAGAGAAAAUGUCUUCACUGCCUCUGCUGGCAGUAGACAUCAACAGGGUGUGCCAAAUAUUCUCAUUCUACUCAGGGGAUCAAGGUCAACAGAUAAUGUUGAUCAACCAGCCUCUGCCCUGAAAGAGAGUGGAGUCUUAAUUUUUGGCGUUGGCCCUAGGAAUUUGAGCAGUGAAAUUCAGAGAAUUGCAAAUGGGCCGUCCUAUGCUCAGACUGUUUCUGAGCUCUCUGACCUAGCCAGUGUCCAGCAGCAAUUUUACACCACUCUCAGCAGUGCACUUCUAGACGUAACAAAAGUGACACCUGCUGUGAUAGUCGAUCAAGGAUUUGAACGGAGAGAUGUCGUAUUCCUCCUGGACGGUUCAGAUGGCACUAAGAAUUCUUUCCCAGCAAUGCGUGAUUUUGUUCAAAACAUUGUGGAGAGAUUAAAAGUGUCAGAGGACAGAGACCAUGUCUCUGUAGUCCAAUUCAGCAGAGCUCCAGAGGUAUAUUUCUAUCUAAACUCAUACACAACAAAGGAGAGCAUUCUAAACACCGUUAGAGAUCUGAGGCACAAAGGAGGGAGACCUCUCAACACAGGAAUGGCUCUACAGUAUGUAAGGGACAGCGUUUUUAGCACCUCUUCGGGAAGCAGACGAUUGCAGGGUGUUCCUCAGGUAUUGAUUUUGUUAAGUGGGGGCCAGUCCUUUGAUAAUGUUGACGCGCCAGCCUCUUCCUUGAAAGAGCUUGGAGUCUCGAUCUUUUCUGUGGGAGCAGGAGGCUCAGAUAGCAAUGAAUUGCGGAAGAUCUCAAAUGACCCUAGUUCCACCCUCUAUGUGGCAGACUUCACUUACCUGCCCAAUGUACAAGAGCAGCUUGUCUCCAUGAUUAACACUGCACCUAUGGGAACAACAAGUAUCUCUCCAACAAAAAUAGUAUCCCUAGCUGAGGCUCAUGUACAAAGGAGAGAUGUUGUUUUCUUGCUGGAUGGGUCAGACGGCAAUAGAAAUGGGUUCCCGGCAAUGAUAGACUUUGUUCAACGAGUGGUGGAGAGGUUGAAUGUCGCAAAGAACAAAGACCAUGUUUCUUUAGUCCAGUUCAGCAGAGACGCUGAUGUCCAUUUCUAUCUUAACACAUACACAACAAAGGAGGACAUUCUUGGCACAGUCAGAGCUUUGAAGUACAAAGGAGGAAGGGCCCGAAACAUAGGGGCAGCACUACAGUAUGUCAGAAACAACAUAUUUACUGCCUCCUCGGGUAGCAGACAACUGGAGGGUGUACCACAGAUGCUGAUUCUGUUGAGUGCCGGAAGGUCAUUUGACAAUGUUGAUGUCCCAGCUUCGGCACUGAAGGAUAUGGGAGUCUUGAUUUUUGGAAUAGGAUCAAGGGAUUCUGAUAGCAAUGAACUUCAAAGAAUUUCAUUUGAUCCCAGUUUUGCUCUGACUGUGUCAGAUUUCACCGAACUACCAAACGUGGAAGAGCAACUUCUGACUUCUGUAGAUGCUGUGACAGUUCCAGUGAUGAAACCCUCACCACCAUCUCUUGUUGAUUAUGAGCUUCCCAGAAAAGAUGUUGUCUUUCUGCUGGAGGGUUCAGAUGGGUCUAGGACUGGAUUCCCUGCCAUGCUUGACUUUGUGCAAAGACUAGUGGAAAAUUUUAAUUUUGAGGAAAGCAUGGACCGUGUUUCAGUGGUGCAGUACAGUACCAAUACUGAGGUGCAUUUCUAUCUGAAUACCUAUUCAACAAAAGAUGAAAUCCUCAAUGCCAUCAGCACUGUAAAGCACAAAGGCGGGAGACAUGUCAACACAGGGUCAGCUCUCCAAUACGUGAGAGAAAAUGUCUUCACUGCCUCUGCUGGCAGUAGACAUCAACAGGGUGUGCCAAAUAUUCUCAUUCUACUCAGGGGAUCAAGGUCAACAGAUAAUGUUGAUAAACCGGGCUCUGCCCUGAAAAAGAGUGGAGUCUUAAUUUUUGGCGUUGGCCCUAGGAAUUUGAGCAGUGAAAUUCAGAGAAUUGCAAAUGGGCCGUCCUAUGCUCAGACUGUUUCUGAGCUCUCUGACCUAGCCAGUGUCCAGCAGCAAUUUUACACCACUCUCAGCAGUGCACUUCUAGACGUAACAAAAGUGACACCUGCUGUGAUAGUCGAUCAAGGAUUUGAACGGAGAGAUGUCGUAUUCCUCCUGGACGGUUCAGAUGGCACUAAGAAUUCUUUCCCAGCAAUGCGUGAUUUUGUUCAAAACAUUGUGGAGAGAUUAAAAGUGUCAGAGGACAGAGACCAUGUCUCUGUAGUCCAAUUCAGCAGAGCUCCAGAGGUAUAUUUCUAUCUAAACUCAUACACAACAAAGGAGAGCAUUCUAAACACCGUUAGAGAUCUGAGGCACAAAGGAGGGAGACCUCUCAACACAGGAAUGGCUCUACAGUAUGUAAGGGACAGCGUUUUUAGCACCUCUUCGGGAAGCAGACGAUUGCAGGGUGUUCCUCAGGUAUUGAUUUUGUUAAGUGGGGGCCAGUCCUUUGAUAAUGUUGACGCGCCAGCCUCUUCCUUGAAAGAGCUUGGAGUCUCGAUCUUUUCUGUGGGAGCAGGAGGCUCAGAUAGCAAUGAAUUGCGGAAGAUCUCAAAUGACCCUAGUUCCACCCUCUAUGUGGCAGACUUCACUUACCUGCCCAAUGUACAAGAGCAGCUUGUCUCCAUGAUUAACACUGCACCUAUGGGAACAACAAGUAUCUCUCCAACAAAAAUAGUAUCCCUAGCUGAGGCUCAUGUACAAAGGAGAGAUGUUGUUUUCUUGCUGGAUGGGUCAGACGGCAAUAGAAAUGGGUUCCCGGCAAUGAUAGACUUUGUUCAACGAGUGGUGGAGAGGUUGAAUGUCGCAAAGAACAAAGACCAUGUUUCUUUAGUCCAGUUCAGCAGAGACGCUGAUGUCCAUUUCUAUCUUAACACAUACACAACAAAGGAGGACAUUCUUGGCACAGUCAGAGCUUUGAAGUACAAAGGAGGAAGGGCCCGAAACAUAGGGGCAGCACUACAGUAUGUCAGAAACAACAUAUUUACUGCCUCCUCGGGUAGCAGACAACUGGAGGGUGUACCACAGAUGCUGAUUCUGUUGAGUGCCGGAAGGUCAUUUGACAAUGUUGAUGUCCCAGCUUCGGCACUGAAGGAUAUGGGAGUCUUGAUUUUUGGAAUAGGAUCAAGGGAUUCUGAUAGCAAUGAACUUCAAAGAAUUUCAUUUGAUCCCAGUUUUGCUCUGACUGUGUCAGAUUUCACCGAACUACCAAACGUGGAAGAGCAACUUCUGACUUCUGUAGAUGCUGUGACAGUUCCAGUGAUGAAACCCUCACCACCAUCUCUUGUUGAUUAUGAGCUUCCCAGAAAAGAUGUUGUCUUUCUGCUGGAGGGUUCAGAUGGGUCUAGGACUGGAUUCCCUGCCAUGCUUGACUUUGUGCAAAGACUAGUGGAAAAUUUUAAUUUUGAGGAAAGCAUGGACCGUGUUUCAGUGGUGCAGUACAGUACCAAUACUGAGGUGCAUUUCUAUCUGAAUACCUAUUCAACUAAAGAUGAAAUCCUCAAUGCCAUCAGCACUGUAAAGCACAAAGGCGGGAGACAUGUCAACACAGGGUCAGCUCUCCAAUACGUGAGAGAAAAUGUCUUCACUGCCUCUGCUGGCAGUAGACAUCAACAGGGUGUGCCAAAUAUUCUCAUUCUACUCAGGGGAUCAAGGUCAACAGAUAAUGUUGAUCAACCAGCCUCUGCCCUGAAAGAGAGUGGAGUCUUAAUUUUUGGCGUUGGCCCUAGGAAUUUGAGCAGUGAAAUUCAGAGAAUUGCAAAUGGGCCGUCCUAUGCUCAGACUGUUUCUGAGCUCUCUGACCUAGCCAGUGUCCAGCAGCAAUUUUACACCACUCUCAGCAGUGCACUUCUAGACGUAACAAAAGUGACACCUGCUGUGAUAGUCGAUCAAGGAUUUGAACGGAGAGAUGUCGUAUUCCUCCUGGACGGUUCAGAUGGCACUAAGAAUUCUUUCCCAGCAAUGCGUGAUUUUGUUCAAAACAUUGUGGAGAGAUUAAAAGUGUCAGAGGACAGAGACCAUGUCUCUGUAGUCCAAUUCAGCAGAGCUCCAGAGGUAUAUUUCUAUCUAAACUCAUACACAACAAAGGAGAGCAUUCUAAACACCGUUAGAGAUCUGAGGCACAAAGGAGGGAGACCUCUCAACACAGGAAUGGCUCUACAGUAUGUAAGGGACAGCGUUUUUAGCACCUCUUCGGGAAGCAGACGAUUGCAGGGUGUUCCUCAGGUAUUGAUUUUGUUAAGUGGGGGCCAGUCCUUUGAUAAUGUUGACGCGCCAGCCUCUUCCUUGAAAGAGCUUGGAGUCUCGAUCUUUUCUGUGGGAGCAGGAGGCUCAGAUAGCAAUGAAUUGCGGAAGAUCUCAAAUGACCCUAGUUCCACCCUCUAUGUGGCAGACUUCACCUACCUGCCCAAUGUACAAGAGCAGCUUGUCUCCAUGAUUAACACUGCACCUAUGGGAACAACAAGUAUCUCUCCAACAAAAAUAGUAUCCCUAGCUGAGGCUCAUGUACAAAGGAGAGAUGUUGUUUUCUUGCUGGAUGGGUCAGACGGCAAUAGAAAUGGGUUCCCGGCAAUGAUAGACUUUGUUCAACGAGUGGUGGAGAGGUUGAAUGUCGCAAAGAACAAAGACCAUGUUUCUUUAGUCCAGUUCAGCAGAGACGCUGAUGUCCAUUUCUAUCUUAACACAUACACAACAAAGGAGGACAUUCUUGGCACAGUCAGAGCUUUGAAGUACAAAGGAGGAAGGGCCCGAAACAUAGGGGCAGCACUACAGUAUGUCAGAAACAACAUAUUUACUGCCUCCUCGGGUAGCAGACAACUGGAGGGUGUACCACAGAUGCUGAUUCUGUUGAGUGCCGGAAGGUCAUUUGACAAUGUUGAUGUCCCAGCUUCGGCACUGAAGGAUAUGGGAGUCUUGAUUUUUGGAAUAGGAUCAAGGGAUUCUGAUAGCAAUGAACUUCAAAGAAUUUCAUUUGAUCCCAGUUUUGCUCUGACUGUGUCAGAUUUCACCGAACUACCAAACGUGGAAGAGCAACUUCUGACUUCUGUAGAUGCUGUGACAGUUCCAGUGAUGAAACCCUCACCACCAUCUCUUGUUGAUUAUGAGCUUCCCAGAAAAGAUGUUGUCUUUCUGCUGGAGGGUUCAGAUGGGUCUAGGACUGGAUUCCCUGCCAUGCUUGACUUUGUGCAAAGACUAGUGGAAAAUUUUAAUUUUGAGGAAAGCAUGGACCGUGUUUCAGUGGUGCAGUACAGUACCAAUACUGAGGUGCAUUUCUAUCUGAAUACCUAUUCAACUAAAGAUGAAAUCCUCAAUGCCAUCAGCACUGUAAAGCACAAAGGCGGGAGACAUGUCAACACAGGGUCAGCUCUCCAAUACGUGAGAGAAAAUGUCUUCACUGCCUCUGCUGGCAGUAGACAUCAACAGGGUGUGCCAAAUAUUCUCAUUCUACUCAGGGGAUCAAGGUCAACAGAUAAUGUUGAUCAACCAGGCCUUGCCCUGAAAGAGAGUGGAGUCUUAAUUUUUGGCGUUGGCCCUAGGAAUUUGAGCAGUGAAAUUCAGAGAAUUGCAAAUGGGCCGUCCUAUGCUCAGACUGUUUCUGAGCUCUCUGACCUAGCCAGUGUCCAGCAGCAAUUUUACACCACUCUCAGCAGUGCACUUCUAGACGUAACAAAAGUGACACCUGCUGUGAUAGUCGAUCAAGGAUUUGAACGGAGAGAUGUCGUAUUCCUCCUGGACGGUUCAGAUGGCACUAAGAAUUCUUUCCCAGCAAUGCGUGAUUUUGUUCAAAACAUUGUGGAGAGAUUAAAAGUGUCAGAGGACAGAGACCAUGUCUCUGUAGUCCAAUUCAGCAGAGCUCCAGAGGUAUAUUUCUAUCUAAACUCAUACACAACAAAGGAGAGCAUUCUAAACACCGUUAGAGAUCUGAGGCACAAAGGAGGGAGACCUCUCAACACAGGAAUGGCUCUACAGUAUGUAAGGGACAGCGUUUUUAGCACCUCUUCGGGAAGCAGACGAUUGCAGGGUGUUCCUCAGGUAUUGAUUUUGUUAAGUGGGGGCCAGUCCUUUGAUAAUGUUGACGCGCCAGCCUCUUCCUUGAAAGAGCUUGGAGUCUCGAUCUUUUCUGUGGGAGCAGGAGGCUCAGAUAGCAAUGAAUUGCGGAAGAUCUCAAAUGACCCUAGUUCCACCCUCUAUGUGGCAGACUUCACCUACCUGCCCAAUGUACAAGAGCAGCUUGUCUCCAUGAUUAACACUGCACCUAUGGGAACAACAAGUAUCUCUCCAACAAAAAUAGUAUCCCUAGCUGAGGCUCAUGUACAAAGGAGAGAUGUUGUUUUCUUGCUGGAUGGGUCAGACGGCAAUAGAAAUGGGUUCCCGGCAAUGAUAGACUUUGUUCAACGAGUGGUGGAGAGGUUGAAUGUCGCAAAGAACAAAGACCAUGUUUCUUUAGUCCAGUUCAGCAGAGACGCUGAUGUCCAUUUCUAUCUUAACACAUACACAACAAAGGAGGACAUUCUUGGCACAGUCAGAGCUUUGAAGUACAAAGGAGGAAGGGCCCGAAACAUAGGGGCAGCACUACAGUAUGUCAGAAACAACAUAUUUACUGCCUCCUCGGGUAGCAGACAACUGGAGGGUGUACCACAGAUGCUGAUUCUGUUGAGUGCCGGAAGGUCAUUUGACAAUGUUGAUGUCCCAGCUUCGGCACUGAAGGAUAUGGGAGUCUUGAUUUUUGGAAUAGGAUCAAGGGAUUCUGAUAGCAAUGAACUUCAAAGAAUUUCAUUUGAUCCCAGUUUUGCUCUGACUGUGUCAGAUUUCACCGAACUACCAAACGUGGAAGAGCAACUUCUGACUUCUGUAGAUGCUGUGACAGUUCCAGUGAUGAAACCCUCACCACCAUCUCUUGUUGAUUAUGAGCUUCCCAGAAAAGAUGUUGUCUUUCUGCUGGAGGGUUCAGAUGGGUCUAGGACUGGAUUCCCUGCCAUGCUUGACUUUGUGCAAAGACUAGUGGAAAAUUUUAAUUUUGAGGAAAGCAUGGACCGUGUUUCAGUGGUGCAGUACAGUACCAAUACUGAGGUGCAUUUCUAUCUGAAUACCUAUUCAACAAAAGAUGAAAUCCUCAAUGCCAUCAGCACUGUAAAGCACAAAGGCGGGAGACAUGUCAACACAGGGUCAGCUCUCCAAUACGUGAGAGAAAAUGUCUUCACUGCCUCUGCUGGCAGUAGACAUCAACAGGGUGUGCCAAAUAUUCUCAUUCUACUCAGGGGAUCAAGGUCAACAGAUAAUGUUGAUCAACCAGCCUCUGCCCUGAAAGAGAGUGGAGUCUUAAUUUUUGGCGUUGGCCCUAGGAAUUUGAGCAGUGAAAUUCAGAGAAUUGCAAAUGGGCCGUCCUAUGCUCAGACUGUUUCUGAGCUCUCUGACCUAGCCAGUGUCCAGCAGCAAUUUUACACCACUCUCAGCAGUGCACUUCUAGACGUAACAAAAGUGACACCUGCUGUGAUAGCAGAGCGUCAGGGACCAAAGAAGGAUAUUAUAUUUUUGAUUGAUGGAUCUGAUGGAAUUGGGAGAGAUUUUCCCAUUAUCCAAGAAUUUGUUCGUGGAGUUGUACAGAACAUGAAUGUAGGUGAAAACAAUAUUCGUGUAAGUGUAGUGCAGUAUGGAGACACUGCUCAUGUCGACAUGUUUCUCAAUUCCCACAAGACCAAAGAGGAAGUCUUAAAUGCAAUCAGUGAACUCAGACAACAUGGAGGUAGAAAGCGUAACCUGGGUAGGGCCAUAGAUCUUAUCCGUCUUAAUGUCCUGGAUUCAGUUCGUGGGAGCAGGAAGCAGGAGGGUGUCCCACAGUUUCUGAUAGUAAUCUCAGGAGGAAAAGCAUCAGAUAAUUUUAUAACAUCAGUAAAUGCACUGAAAGGGUUAGGAAUAGUGCCCUUCAGUAUAGGGACCAGAGACACUGGCCUUCAAGAGCUGCAUGCUGUCUCCUAUGUGCCCAAAUUUUCUUACUUAGUGGAAGAUUUGCCUGGCCUUCACACUGUCAAAGAUGAAUUCAUCACUACCCUGACAGAGUUGUCUGAUGAAGCACUGAGGACACUGACACCUGUUUAUAUUCCUAUAGAACCAACAGUAUCAACUACAGAAAAGAAAGAUGUUGUCUUCCUCAUUGAUGGAACAACUAUGAUGCAGAGAGAUUUUCCUGCUAUACAAAACAUGAUUCUGAACAUUGUGGAGAAGCUAGAUGUUGGCUUGAACAAGGUUAGGGUUUCAGUAGUACAGUACAGCGAAGACCCCAAAAUGGAGUUCCUCCUUAAUGAGCACUCAACCAAGGAAGAGGUUCGCCAAUCAGUGAGAAAUAUGAGAAGUAAAGGUGGUAGAACGCUUAAUACUGGCCAAGCACUUAGCUGGAUCUCAAGGAACAUCUACAAGAGAUCAGCUGGCAGCCGAAUUGAAGAGGGUGUGCCCCAGUUUCUCAUCUUGGUGACUGGAGGAAAAUCCAACGAUGAUGUAACUGGUCCUGCUAAUCAGCUGAAGUUGAGUUAUGUGGCUCCUAUGGCAGUUGGGUCAGAUAAUGCUGAUUCUGAGGAACUGAAACUGAUUUCUUUAAGGCCAGAACAGGCACACAUCAUUAGAGACUUCCAACUAAAACCAGACGUGGAACAGCAACUUUUGACUACAAUUAACACCAUGACUACAAAAGAAAUUGAAGAAGUUGUAAAAACUACGGAUAUAGGACUGCAGAUUGGAAGAAAGGACAUUGUUUUCCUUAUUGAUGGUUCUGAUAAUGUUGGAACAAUUGGAAUUGCUCACAUCCGUGACUUUAUCUUGAAGAUUGUCCAACAACUCAAUGUGCACCCUGACCAAGUACGUGUGGCUGUGGUACAAUAUGCAGAGACACCCAAGACUGAGUUUUCACUUAUAUCCCAUGACAACAAAAAGGCAGUUAUUUCAUCCAUUAAGAGACUGCGUCAGAUGGGUGGUCGUGGUGGAAAUUUAGCUGAGGCUAUUCAGUAUGUGAUUGAUAAGGAACUAAAGGAAUCUGCAGGAGCUCGUCUGGACAAGGCCUCUCAGCAUUUGGUGGUACUCACUGGUGGAAAGUCUACCUCUGAUGUUUCUCUUUAUGGACCUGUUCUGAAAAAAUCUCAGGUGAAGUGUAUAGGAAUUGGUGCUGGGGCAGCAGAUUCAAGGCAACUCAGAGAGAUUGCAACCACACCAGAAGAUGUCUUCCAAGUGUCAACCUUUCCAGCACUACCAAAUAUAGAGAACCAAUUUAUUGCAAGACUCAGUGGAACAGUUGUAUUUACAACCACUGUGCCCCCCACACCUUCUGGUCCAAAGCCUAAGACUGCUGAUAUUGUUUUUUUGGUUGAUGGUUCAAUAAACCUUGGGAAGAGCAAUUUCAAAGUGACCAUGGAGUUUAUCAGAGAGCUUAUUGAUCUCUUUGUCACAGACAGUGACAACCUUCAGAUCGGUCUGGCACACUAUGCAACAGAUAUCACAGAUGAAUUCUACUUUAAUACAUAUAAAAACAAGGAUGAUAUUUUGGAUGCUAUCAGUAAAACUGAAUACAAGGGUGGUUGGAAAAUUAAUACAGGCAAUGCCAUUAGGCAUGUUCAGCAAACACACUUUGUGAAAGAGAGAGGUAGUCGGAAGGACGAGGGAGUCCCGCAGAUCCUAAUGUUGGUGACAGGUGGACGUUCACAAGAUGAUGGUAAAUCAGCAGCACUGGCACUUAAAAAUACAGGUGUACGAAUCUAUGCCAUUGGUGUGGGAGACAUUGAGGAAGAGCUCAAUUACUUGGGCAGUGAGUCCACCACCGUGGCCCGGGCCAGUACAUUCCAAGAACUUUCUGAGCUGAAUGAGCGGAUUUUAGACACACUUAUAGAUGAUGUCAUGGGAAAACUCUGUACAGUAAGCAAAGAUGCAAUAAAGGCUUGCAGCAUGGAUGUUCUUGUUGGCUUCGAUGUGUCUGCUCAGAACAUCUUUGUAACUCAGAGAUCAUUGGAGUCCAAGAUGGCUGCCAUUCUGCAGCGAAUAACACAAAUGCAGCCUAUUAGUUGCUCUUCUGGUCAGGUUCCAUCAGUUCAGGUGGGAAUAACAGCAUUGGACAGUGCACUGGAGCCUGUUCAUCUGGACUUUACCGAUAGCCACACCAAGCUUAUUGAGUCCUUCAGGUCUCUGCAAAGCCGCGGACCCUUCUUAUUGAAUGGCAAAACCAUUGAAGUAUAUGGUGCACGGUUCAAGAAUCGUCCUUCAGACAGAGUUAAGGUUGUAAUUCACCUCACUGAUGGUUUGGAUGCCCAAUAUAAUGUAAUGAAAGAGAGAGUUGAGCAGAUGCAUUCUACAGGAGUCAAUGCUUUCAUCCUGGUUGCACUGGAGAGGGUACCACAAUUUGAGAAUGCAGUGUUACUGGAAUUUGGGCGGGGUUUUAGAUCCAAACCUCUGCGUGUGAAUCUGAUGGACUUGGACUAUGAACUGCUAGAGGAACUGGACAAUAUUGCUGAAAUGGAGUGUUGUUCAGUCCCAUGCAAGUGCACUGGCCAGAGAGGUUACAGAGGACCUGUUGGUCUUAUUGGACAAAAGGGACCACCUGGAAAUCAGGGCUACAGAGGACAUCCUGGUGAUGAAGGUGGACCGGGAGAAAGAGGCCCCCCAGGUGUUAAUGGAACUCAAGGUUUUCAAGGAUGUCCAGGUCCAAGAGGUGCAAAGGGUGCACAUGGAUAUAAUGGUGAAAAGGGAGAAAUUGGAGAGAUUGGUUUAGAUGGCAUCAAUGGAGAAGAGGGCACAAGUGGAGCUGUUGGACCACCAGGUGACAGAGGCAACACUGGACAAAGGGGACCUAAAGGUGCCAAAGGGCAGGCAGGCGAUUUUGGUCAGACUGGCAUCCGUGGAGAUCCUGGCAUUGCAGGAAAGGACAAUAGCCAAAGAGGACCCAAAGGAGAUCCAGGCGAUGCUGGACCCCCGGGUGAGCCUGGAGAAGAUGGUAAGCAAGGAGGUGCAGGAGGAGCAGGGAGAAGGGGUACUAAUGGUAGAAGAGGUCCACCUGGACAAGCUGGUCCUGUUGGAAAACCUGGGGCAGAUGGUGUUGCAGGAGAGCAGGGAAUUGGAGGGCAGAGAGGUUCCAGUGGACCGGUUGGAACCCCAGGACUCAGGGGAGAGGAUGGUAAUCCAGGACCAAGAGGUCCUGGAGGAGCCCCAGGACCACCUGGUGAAAAGGGCAGACGAGGUGUUGUUGGUCGGAAGGGUGAACCUGGAGACCCAGGACCUAAGGGUUCUACAGGAUCGUUUGGCCCCCGAGGAGAACCUGGAGAUGAUGGACGAGAUGGCAUUGGAAUACCUGGACCUAAGGGAAGAAAGGGUGAUGAAGGUUUCCCUGGAUAUCCAGGUCUAAAGGGAGCUGCUGGUGAUCCUGGAGCCAAGGGGGGACCUGGUCCCAAAGGAAACAGUGGCCAGAGAGGUGUUGCAGGUGGUGCUGGUGAGGCUGGACAGAAGGGAGAGAUCGGCUAUCCUGGACCUUAUGGACCAAAGGGACCCAGAGGACCAGGAGUAUCAACUUGUGCCCUGGUCAAGAAAAUCAGAGAGAACUGCCCAUGCUGUUAUGGUGCCCAGGAAUGUCCUCUGUAUCCUACCGAGCUGGCCUUUGCCCUGGAUGUAUCGACAGGUGUAUCAAAGGAUAAUUUUGACAGUAUGAAGAACAUUAUACUCCAUCUGGUGAAUAACAUUACCAUCACUGAGAGCAACUGUCCACGAGGAGCUCGAGUGGCCCUGACACUCUACAACAGUGAGAUAACCACUGACAUACGCUUUUCUGAUGCAUUGAAAAAACAUGCAUUGUCUGAACGAGUGCAAGGCUUGCAGACUCUGAGGACCAAUAAAAAGCGCAAUUUGGAAACAGCCAUGAACUUUUUGGCCCGAAACACCUUUAAGAGGGUGCGCAGUGGCUUCAUGGUACGCAAAGCGGCUGUAUUCCUUGUGAAUGACCCUGUGGAUGUCACAACGGAGUUCACCAAUGCUGCUUUGCGACUCUAUGAUGCUGGAAUCACCGCUGUCUUCCUCAUGCCUCGUCCGCCAAGGAAGGUCCUGCAGGUAAAUAACACUAUAUUAGCCCAUUUCAAGGACCUGCCCUCUCCAGGAAGAGCAAAUUUCAACACUGUUAUCAAGGAAAUACUUGACUGUCACAUCUGCCUAGAUGUCUGCACUCCUAAUCAGCUGUGUGAUUACAAGCCUUCCCUGAGCACUAGAGAAAAAAGGUCCUCCACCACAGACUUAGAUGUUGAUAUGGCUUUCAUCAUUGAUAGCUCUGAAAGCACAUGGCCGACUGUGUUUACAGAAAUGAAGCGGUAUAUUGCUCACAUGAUUAAUCAGUUGGAGAUCACAAUGGAACCAGCGACAAGCUCCCAUCAUGCUAGAGUUGCACUGGUUCAGCAUUGCCCAUAUAAGUAUUUGUACAAUGAUAGCAGUAUUCCUAUUAGCAUGGCAUUUGGCCUGACAGACCACAAUUCAGUUUACAAUAUCCAGAGCUUUUUACUGGACAAGGUGCAGCAAUUAGAAGGGGGCCGUGCUCUGGCAGCAGCUCUGGAGAGUACAGUGGAGCAUGUGUUUGAGAAAGCACCACAUCCACGCCAACUGAAGGUGCUCAUUCUGUUUGUGACUGGGUCAGUGGAAGAGAAUAAGGAGAAGCUGCUAAAGGCUGCCAUUGAUGUCAAAUGCAAAGGAUAUUUCAUUGUGGUGAUAGGUGUGGGUAAGCAGCUCAAUGCUGAAGAUGCUCGUAUCCUGGCCCAGGUGGCUAGUGAGCCUUCAGAUGUAUUCUACAAGAGUGUAGAUGGACCUGAAGGCUUCUAUGAUGACCACCUUCAGAGGUUUGCUCAACUAUUGCCAGAGUACCUUAGUUUGAAGGAUGCCUACAUAUCUGCUGAAGUCUCAAAGCACUGCCAGGGGUACCAAGGUGACGAACCAGACAGGUCACAAAACAUUUACAUGACCAACGAUACAUACAAUGAGCAGGAACUGAAGAAAGAUAAGGAACAAAAGCUUAAAGUUAAUGAGUUUGCCGACCCAUGCUCACUUGACUUUGACACUGGACUACCAUGCAAAGACUAUGAGGCUAAGUGGUACUUUGACAAAAAGAAUGGAUUCUGUGCCCGGUUCUGGUAUGGAGGUUGUGGAGGAAAUGAAAAUAGGUUUGAGACUGAGGCGCAAUGCCUUAAACACUGCAUCAAUACAGUGGAGCAGCAGCCACACCUGAGUGUCAACAAGAUCCAAUCAGAGGACCCCCCUGCUCCAGCUCCCCAACUUUCAGUGGUGGACAUCUGUAAAAUUCCCAAAGAGGAAGGCACCUGUGCUAAGUUUGUACUAAAAUGGCAUUUUGACUUCAUUGAGAAGAGCUGUAAACGAUUCUGGUAUGGAGGCUGCGGUGGCAACCAAAAUCGUUUUGACACGCAAAAGGAGUGUGAAAUAGCAUGUGGAAAAGCAGCUGCUGUUAAGCAGGCACCUGUGAUUGCUGCAGUGAGUACGUAAAUGAACACUGAGGAUUCAAGGUUCACCUCUGAGGAGAAAUAAUGAAAAUCAAGUUGCCUGCACUGGAUUCUGCCAGAGGAAGCCUUCACCAUAGUCUUUUUUUUGUUUGUUUCUUUUCUUUUUUUUUGCAUUUGGGGGGUUGGGGGGUUGGGGGGCAAGCCAAACAGGUCAUUGCAUGAUAUUUUUGUAGUGGUGCUAAAUUUUUUGUUUGUUUCUUUGUUUGUUUGUCCAUUUUCUCAGAAUGCAAUACAAUGUCUAAAUAGCUGAAUUCCAGGAAAAAAAUAUUUUGUAAUUUCUUUUUUUUUCUCAACAUGUAUUAAAUGCUUCAUGAAACGUAUUAUAUCUUUUGAAGGUUAUAGGGAUCACUUCCUUUUUUGUCUAGUUUUUAACUCACAAAGGUACUUUCAAGUGCCCUCAUUAUGCUUUCACUGCUUGGUUGCAUUCUAUGAUCAGAUGUUGGAAUAACACUUGUUCAUAAAAGAUCAAAAUGUUCUCAUUAAAAGAAUCCACUCCAGUAAUUUAUGAUUAUUGCAAAUAAUUUGGCAGUGUAAAUCAUAAUAAGAUAAUCAUAUCCAUUUAUAAGGCUAAUACAAUUCAGAUGUCACAUGCUAAAACCUUUACUGUUUUUAAAUACUGGAACAAUUGUGCAAAACAGAAGUAAAAAUGAUUGUGAGCUAAUCAA